GGAGGCCUGCAGCCAGUUCUGCAUAGGGCUGACUUUUCUAGUAGGCUGACCUUUAUCAAAUAAGACAGCGCCUGAAUAUUUAGGUUGUGGAUAGCAGGAAUAUCGUAAGUAGAAUGACUUCAGCACAACAACAUAUACAGGCUCAGCAAGGAAUUUCCAGCUCACCUGCUGCCUAUAUUAUAAAGACGGGCAUUCUGCUGAGUAUUGUAUUUUUCAUGGUGCAGCUUCUCUCGACAGCAUCUGCUGCCGAUUGUCCAGUGAAGUUGACAAAAUGCAAUGGCACAGAUAUAGUCACAUGUUUGAGGCGUGAUGGAAACUGCCAGUGCUCUUGCAUAAAGAAAAGCGACGGCUGUUCGACGCCUUGGAAGUGGGGUUUCUGCUCAUGGUGGCAGAGGAUCUCGUGUGACUUUAAAGACGGCGCUUGCAUAUGCAGAUGUGCAUAUUCCCAUCACGUUGCUGGCAUUACAGAAACCUGCUUGACUCCGAUAUUCGACUUCGACUUCACUCCACCUAGCUGCACCACUGUUCGCACCGAUCAGGCAGGUGCCAAGGGCGGCGGUGUUGGAUUGAAUUUCCCAGUCGCCAUGAAAGAAAUAUGGCUGGGAUUGUCUAUCCUCUUUGUCGCUGCAGCCGCUGUCAACACAGGUCGUCACCCUUCGUGCGUGACACGUUGCCGCAAUAGUACAACGCGGUCAUGUCUUCAUAUAAGGAACGGGGAGUGCAAGUGUGGCUGCGGAGCUGCGAAUCCGUCCAAGAGAACCCAGCUGCACGAGCUUGACAACGACCUAAUGGGCAUGCCAGAUUUGUUAAACAUUUUAGUGCUUAACAAUAAACACUCGAUUACAUAUACUACAAAUGGCGUCAGAUUCUACAGGCCUCCAUAUUUCGUCUAGAUUUACAUCUUACGCUAAAUUUUGAAAUAUUUGCAACACUUUCAAUAUAUAACAACCGGCUUUUCGACGAACCCCAAGGUGUCCAUAUUUCAUUUUGCAAAGAAUAUUAUUGCUAAUAAAGAUGUCAUA